AAUUGUAAACAACAAGGCCAGAAGAAAGCGUGUAGAACCGUAGUACAAUAUUUUGAUGUAAUUUCUGCUAGUAGAGCUAUCAUAUUCAUGCGACGAGAGUUUCGGGUAUAGUUGCUCCGAAAUAAAAAGAUAUUUUCGUGCUGAUAGUGUUAGAUUGAUCUUUGUUUGUAUGGUAGUCUAAAACCAUGUCUUUUUCAGACUUGGAAUUGGUAACACAAAAGGAUGGCAAUGGAAACCCAGUAAAGAAGAAAACAAAAUCAAAGUUGUCGUUAAAAAUGCCAAGUUUUUUCCGCUCAAAGCAUCAUCAGGAAGAUUACGAUGACAUGAAUACAGAGGAUAAAGAGGAUGAAAAAGUAGCUAAUGAUGAAAAAGAGAUAUCCAAUGAAGAGGAUGACAGUUCAACAGAAAAAGUUGAGGAGAAAAAUGAAUCCACAUCAGAUCCAUUAGAAAUACCAUUCAAAAGCUCCGGAGCAUGUUCGGCCUCGGUUCUACAUGAGCCGAGGUGGCCAAUGACGCCACCAGAGGGUCUGCACUCCUGUCUCAUGCACAAGCAUCGCCGUCGGAGUGCGACAAUAUCAGGAGGGGAUGAUUUACAAGAGGCAGUCUGCCAAUCCAAAUGCAACCAUGUCAGAUUUUCACCAGACACAGUUGAUCCACCGCCAAGGUCGUGUAGCUAUAGGAAGUACGUUGAAGCCAAGUCUGCGUGUCCGUUUCGAAAUUUCAAGCAUGAAAAACACAAGCAAAAAAUGGGUCAGUUGAAGAAGGUGAACCUGAGUGAGUUCCUAUCAUCUAGUUACCAGCGUAGCCCUCUUACAUUCUCAGUGCCAUGUGACAUGAUGUUCUAACUGUUUUGCCAUGGUAACUGUUAUUCAAAAUGAAUAACCCCAUUCAAAC